AUGAGCAAGGUCGGUGCGAUUCUCUACGGCGUGGUGAGCUUCACCGCCCUCCUGUUAAUGCUGACUGGGACGCCGCUUGACCAGUUUCGCCCCAGGACGAAUCCAUUUUUUUUAACCGAUCCGUGCGUGACGCUGUGGGGUGGGAAGAUGCAUUGUUCCAGCACGGAAUACGUUAUUUCCGGCAAUGACGUCAUCCAUGAAUGCUAUGCAGUAUUGGAAUUAUUCAGAGUGGCAGAAGCUUCCUCCAUCGUUUCCAUUGCCCUGCUGCUUGCUGCCACCAUCCUUGGCGUGUUGUCACACAUCUACAACAAGUCUCUCAGGACCCUGACGAAUGUGUUGUUGGUGUGUAGCAUGGUGACGGUUGGGGUCGUUUGGGGACUUAUGGUUCACGUGUACAAAGAAGAAAUAAGUAACUGCAUCGCAACACCCUUCAGAACACAUUUUAAAUUCGGCCAUGGCUUUGGCCUCAUUGUGGCAUCAUGGAGCCUGACGUUUUUCGCCGUUGUGUUUCUGAAUCUGCCAUAUGGGUCACGUCUACAGCAUUCAUGUGAAGUCGGAGAUCAACAAAUGCACGUGGUUCGGUGA